UAUCGUGAAUCAUAUAUCAUUUCUCAUUUGCUCCUACAAAAAAUGUAGGAAAAGGCGCCACACAAUCAACCCUUUGGAUCGGGUCGGGCACCGAACCCGUUUCUCACUCAACCCGAUAUUGCACUAUUUCCUCCUUCGUCAAUAACACUCGCGGGCACUUUCCUAAUUGCUCACCCACUCUGCCACUCAAACUGAUGAUAAUCAAAACAAUAAAAAAAAAUCCAUUCCACCAACUCCCCAAGAGCUUUUCUUCCAUAUUAAAACCAAAAAGCUCCCUUCCCUUCCAUCAAAAUCCAAUACCGCCAUUUCCCAAUUCCUCCACCGGAAUUCGAGAUCUAACCCCCGCCGCCGCCAUGGCGCUCCAGCUCAUCCUAAUCGGAGUCUCCCUCCUCGCAUCCCUCCCCUUACUCUACUCCCUCCUCUACCGCCUCCGAUUCAAGCUCCCUCCGGGCCCCCGCCCAACCCCCAUCGUCGGCAACCUCUACGACAUCAAGCCCGUCCGAUUCCGCUGCUUCGCCGAGUGGGCGGAACAGUACGGCCCGAUCAUCUCGGUCUGGUUCGGCUCCACCCUCAACGUCGUCGUUUCCAACACGCAGCUCGCCAAGGAAGUGUUGAAAGAGCACGACCAGCAGCUCGCGGAUCGGCACCGGAGCAGGUCGGCGGCCAAGUUCAGCCGCGACGGCCAGGAUCUGAUCUGGGCCGACUACGGGCCUCACUACGUCAAGGUGAGGAAGGUGUGUACUCUGGAGCUUUUCACUCCCAAGAGGCUGGAAGGGCUGAGGCCGAUUAGGGAGGAUGAGGUCACCGCCAUGGUUGAGUCCGUUUACCGCGACUGCUCCGAUUCCGAGAAGAGUUUGCAAGUGAAGAAGUACUUGGGAGCGGUGGCAUUCAACAACAUAACGCGGCUAGCAUUCGGGAAGAGGUUCGUGAACUCGGAGGGCGUGAUGGACGAGCAAGGGCUCGAGUUCAAGGCGAUUGUGUCGAACGGGCUCAAGCUAGGAGCAUCCCUAUCCAUGGCAGAGCACAUCGAGUGGCUGCGAUGGAUGUUCCCCUUGGAGGAAGGUGCUUUCGCUCAGCACGGUGCCCGCAGGGACAGGCUCACCCGAGCCAUCAUGGAUGAGCACACCGAGGCUCGCAAGAAGAGUGGGGAUACGAAGCAGCAUUUCGUCGAUGCGCUGCUCACGUUGAAGGAGAAGUACGACCUCAGCGAGGACACCAUCAUCGGACUUCUCUGGGACAUGAUCACAGCCGGCAUGGACACGACAGCAAUCUCGUCGGAAUGGGCAAUGGCAGAGAUCAUCAAGCACCCGAGGGUUCAGCAGAAGCUCCACGACGAGAUGGACCGGGUCAUCGGCUUCGAACGGAUCAUGACCGAGUCCGACUUCUCGAGCCUGCACUACCUCCAGUGCGUCGUCAAGGAGUCCCUCAGGCUCCACCCUCCAACCCCACUGAUGCUCCCUCACCGGUCCAACGCCAAUGUCAAAAUCGGUGGCUACGACAUACCAAAGGGAUCGAACGUCCACGUCAACGUGUGGGCCGUGGCUCGUGAUCCGGCCGUGUGGAAGGACCCGUUGGAGUUCAGGCCGGAGAGGUUCAUGGAAGAGGACGUGGACAUGAAGGGCCACGACUUCCGGCUGCUCCCCUUUGGUGCCGGAAGGCGGGUUUGUCCCGGGGCGCAGCUGGGGAUCAACUUGGUGACGUCGAUGUUGGGUCACUUGUUGCACCAUUUCCAGUGGAGUCCUCCGGCGGGCGUCAAGCCGGAGGAGAUCGACAUGACGGAGAAUCCCGGGUUGGUGACUUACAUGCGGACGCCGGUGAUGGCUACGGCGACUCCUCGGCUGCCUUCUCACUUGUACAAACGUGUGCCGGCGGAGAUGUAAAAGGGAAGAGGGUGAGGAAACAGAGGAAGCGGGUUAGGAUUUGUCUGUUGUAUUGUACUCAAAAACUACAAGGUGAGUAGAGGACCCAAAUGUUUUUCCCCCUGUACUUGUUUGUAUCAUUUACAAACUUCUGGCAUAAAUUUGAAGAACCCAAUUUUAAUGUUGUGCGUUUUUGGAUAUUUGAUUGUAUUGUUGUGGAUGUCAAUUCGUAGGAUGGUGUUGAGUUGAGUGUGGUGUUUGUGGAAAAGAUGAAAAGCAAAUUAUGAACCUCCGGUGGAUCGGAUGGCACAUCCUUUUCACUCUUUCUCCCCCAACACUCCACUUCCAUUGUGAUAACGUUAGUGGGUUUGGUUGAACUUGGGUCAAAACUCAAUAGUCAAUGGAUAACUCACCAACCAACCCCUUUUUUAAAUAUUAAAAUAUUUUAAAAGUCGUUUAAUUUUUUUUAAUCCCAGAUUUAGUACACCCCUCUGUCGCAAAGUUGCACGUGGGGUUGAGAUUCCUGGGUAAGAAAAAAGAAAAAAAGUUGAUCGACUUGAUCGCCGCCACACGUAGGGUUGGAAAUAGCUACGGUAUCAGUAUCCCAAUACCAAAUGCCGAAAUCCCGAAUACCGAAUUAUACCCGAAUGUCAAUCUCAUUCCCAAUCCCUAAAUAACUUCGGUAUCCCAGUCUCAAUCCCUAAAUAUUUUGGUAUCCCAAUCGGUAUUAUUGAAUACACAAUUAAUUACAUUUGAAAUAAAUAAUUAAAUAUAUAAAUUAGAUUUGAUUGUUUAAUUUAGGGCAGAGAGACUAAGCAAAGAGUCUUGAGUUUGCCUAGAGCUAGGAUAUGGGUAAGGAGAAUGAAGGAGAGGUGACAUCUAAAGUUUUUGUCAUUGGUAAUCUUUAAUUUGACGAAUUGAAUGCCGAGAGUCGACUAAUACUAGUGUUUGCCUUUUGGUGUUAUGAAAAUAACAAGUUAUUAUGUGAUAGAUGAGAGUGAAUUAAAUUGGAAAGUCAAAAUUGAGUUGGAUGGAGACUUUUGAGUUGUGAAACAAAGAUGAAAUGAUCUAUGUAUAAUUAAAUGACACUCUUGGUGGUUGAGGGUUGUGUAGUAGUGAAUGAGAGAGUCUAGCUGAAAGAAUAAAAUACACACUAGCUUAUAUAUCAGUAUUGAUCGGUAUUUCGGUAUAUCCUGAUCCCAAUUCCGUAAUCCCUAAUACCGAAUUACAAUUAAAAUUUAAUCAUAAUCUCAAUCCCAAAAAAUACUACGUGUAUUCGGUAAUACCAAAUAUAAACAAAUUUGGUACGGUAUUCGGUGUUAUCCCAAAUACAGGUACCAAACUUCCAGCCCUAGCCACACGUAUUAUUACCAAUCCGUCCGAUAACGUGCUUCUGUCGUGAUUUUGUGGCUAGUCGGCUCAUGUUUUAUGCAUGAUUCUAUAUUUUUAUGUAUUUCUAUUCAUAAUUAUGAGGUGAUUUAUCAAAUGAUGUAUUUUACAGUCUCACUCACAAAUAACCCAAUUUCUUAAGCUUUGAUCCACAGCAUAUUACAUGUGAAAAUGGGCCGAAUUAUAGCAACUAAUACCCUCUACCAAAACUACUUCUUCAUCGGGCCCAAGAUAGCUGGUUCAGGCACGAUGUUUGGGUUUCUUAGAGUUGGCAUUUUUCACUCAACGGGCCUAAGGACCCAUCGCAAACUAGGCCUCACACUUGAGCCCGUAAUACAUUGAACGCCCUCAAGCCCAUUAUUUGGGGAAAAUUAGGAGAAUUUUUUUUUUAUACAAAAUGUUUUAUCAAUCUAUCUAAGAUCUCCACUAUUGAGAGAAGUCCUCUGAUAUGAAAUGAAGCUUCAAUAACAUGGGGAAAAAAAAACCCACACCUUCUGAUUCGUCAAUCACCACAUCCCUAAAUUAUGCACAAGUUUAUGAAAAUACCAACGGAAUUCAAGCGUUGUGCUCAAUUUUGUUGUUUAUCUUUUGUACGAAUCAUUCCAGCACAAAAAUAUAGUAAUUGUUCUUGA